GGUGGGAAUUUCCUCGCAGCGCCCGGCGCGCAACAGGCUGCGCUGCCCAGCGCUCGUCCCUGCGGCCCGCCCGGCGGCGGCGGCGGCUGCCCUGUGCACACUGCGCGGGUUUGCGGCCCCCCCCCCCAGCGAGUUUCCCUCCUCCGGCCCCAGACGGCCCGCGCUCCCGCGGGGUUUGUUUCCUGCUGGCUUCCCCGGCUGAGGGUUGAUUGAGAACCAAGAAGCGUCAAAUCCAGCAAAUAUCAGUCAGCAACAAUUAGGCUUGUUCCUAACAGAAAACAUGUCUGAAAUUGAUUUUGAGGAAUUAGCCAAAAUAGAAUUACAGAAAGAUGAGGCAGAACAUGCAGUAAUGGAGAAGCGAAAGACCUCCUUCACACCAGCAGCAUGUGAAGACACUGAACUAAGCAUUAAUCAUCCGUACUACGAUGUUGCAAGGCAUGGCAUUGUGCAGCUAGCAGGUGAUGACAAUUCUGGGAGGAGGGUGAUUACUUUCAGUUGCUGUCAUAUGCCCCCUUCCCAUCAGCUCGAUCACAGCAGACUCCUAGAAUACUUGAGGUAUACACUCGACCAGUAUGUGGAGAAUGAUUAUACCCUGGUCUACUUUCACUAUGGCCUGAACAGUCGGAAUAAACCCUCUCUGAACUGGCUGCAAAGUGCCUACAAAGAAUUUGACAGGAAGUAUAAGAAAAAUCUUAAAGCACUCUAUGUUGUACAUCCAACCAACUUCAUAAAAAUUCUGUGGAACAUUUUUAAACCUCUCAUAAGUCAUAAGUUUGGGAAAAAGAUCACCUAUUUGAACUAUUUAAGUGACCUGAGAGAGCAUCUCAAAUAUGACCAGCUUAAUAUCCCUGAAGAUGUUAUUCGACAUGAUGAAAAUCUUCGGGAUAAACAGAAAGGGAGACCACCACCUUCAGCUAAGGUUCCUCCACCAAGACCUCCUCUUCCUACGCAGCAAUUUGGGGUCAGCCUACAAUAUCUCAAGGACAAAAAUAAAGGCCAACUAAUUCCACCAGUAAUGAAGCAAACUGUGUUCUACCUGAAAAGUAAAGGGCUCCGAGUAGAAGGCCUGUUCAGAAGGUCAGCCAGCAUACAAACUAUCAAAGAGGUUCAGAAACUCUAUAAUCAGGGGAAGCCUGUGAAUUUUGAUGACUAUGGAGAUAUCCAUAUUCCUGCUGUUAUCCUGAAGACCUUCCUCAGGGAACUCCCACAGCCUUUGCUAACCUUUGAAUCCUACGAUCAAAUCCUUGGAAUCACCAGUGUGGAAAGUAGUUUACGAGUGACGAGCUGUAAACAAGUAAUCCAAGGACUUCCUGAGCACAAUUAUGUUGUUCUGAAAUACUUGAUAUGCUUUCUUCAUAUGGUAUCCCAGGAGAGUAUUUAUAACAAAAUGACUGGAUCCAACUUGGCAUGUGUCUUUGGGUUGAAUUUAAUCUGGCCACCUAAAGGAGCUUCUUCCCUGAGUGCUUUGAAUCCUCUAAAUCUCUUCACUGAAUUACUGAUAGAUUUCUACUCCAAGAUCUUCAGUUCACGAACAGUACCUGGUGAUAUCUUACCUUAAUGUUCACAAAAAGGGAAAAGGAAUAUGCCUACCUUAGCAAAAAUCUUCACAUAUAAAAAACCUAUGAGAAUUUACUAUACACAGGAUUUUACAGGAACAAGUGUAUUUCAUAGACAGAGCAAAAUCCUUUUCUCAAUUUUGCAUCACCAUGAUUUUGCAGAUAUCAAAGAUGUUAGGGGAAAUAUGCUUACCGAUACUGUUUGUAUGUGGGUGUGUUCAUAUAAACAUUCACAAACCUACAGGUCAAAGUGGCAUAAACUUCCUUCUUUUCAUAAUCUUUAGCAAUUGUUAAAUAUUUGUUAGUUUAAAAAUUCAUAACAGUAGAUAAGACUGUCAUUCAUUUAAGCAUCUGGAAGUUUCCUACUAUUUGGCAUUUUUUUCUAGGGCGAUGCUAAGUCAUCACUUGGGCCAUAACUUCUAGACCAUCAUCUCCCUUCUUGCUAUAUAGGCAAUUUUUUCCACUGGAAAUAGUUUCUUUUGAAGUCUUCAGAUAUAUACAAAUUACAGAUCAAUUUUUCAGAAUUUCAGGCACUCAUUCCCACGCGCACAAAAAGAGUGUGCACUUGUUUCUGCAUUUAUGUGCAAAUACCAUGACAACCAAAGUAUUUGCCUGUGUCAGUUAGGUUAUGCAUACAUCUCUCUGUGCUUUUAAAUAUCUAGUAUGUCUGUCCAUCCAUUGUAGUUGCACGUGCAAACUAAGUGGAAAAUUACACAAGCACUCUUGAGCUUUUAAAAAUUAAGUAAUUUUUGUUUUUAUUUUUAAAGAAUUUCUGUUUGUAUCAGUAUAUAGUUAAUACAGAAUGUAAGAAAACAUUGUUUGAAAAAGGCAUAGAAUGUUUUCAUCAUUUGCUGUAUGCUCUUCAAGUUUUUUGAGUUGUUAGAAAUCUGCUUCUAAAAUCAGUCUCUCCCCCCUCCCUCCCUCCCACACACACACACACACACACACACACACACACACACACACACACACACACACACACACACACACACACACACACACACACACACACACAAAAAAGAGAGAGAGAAAGAAAGAAAACCUUAACCCACCCUGAACCCUGGAAAAUACUCCUGAUGGCACUUUAUCUAAUCUAGUCUGUGUUAUCGGUGGGAUGACAUUAAUCCCAGUGGGAAUAAUUAGCCAUAGUAAUGUAAGGGGAAGUUUCUGAGUUUUCUCUCUAGAUACUUGUAUUUGAAUAUCACUUUACAGUUCUGCUCCCUCUGUCUGCUACUUAUCAUUAGUGGAACAGGAUACGGAUGUUGUCGUUGUAACAGCUAAAGGGACUGAAGUAGUGGUGACCAAAGUAAGCAGUAUUUUCCCAAACGUCUGCUUCUCCUGCUCCCAUACAAAGCUGCUGAAGUAGAUGUACUAUUCAGGAUAUAGUAAAGACAAUGAUCCGUGGAGACCAGUUUCAUUAUUCUUUCACCUUCAAAAACAAAGCAACCCUUUUCCUUCUAGCAGUUCUAGCUAAUUGGGGGCUUGUUCUUCUAGUCUCUCAUUUUGAUAGCUACUGAGUAUCUGCCUGUCUAACAGAUGCAGGCUUCCAAAUCCUUGUGUGAGAGAGCAAGUAGUGAUUUAUUCUUUUUGGCAAUUUAGAGAAAAUAGGAGAGAGUACCCAUCAAACUAUGUCAGUCCUAUGUUUGCCCAGUAGAUGUCAUCUACAGCAUAAGGCUAUAAAAGGAAAUUAUUAAAAUGUAAAUAAUCAAAAAGCUAUAGAACAAGCUGUACUGUAUGUCACAUCCUUUUAAAAUUUAAAUUUAAAUUGUGGUGUAAUUUUCUCUUAAUUCAUCAAGGAUUUCAAUAAAAACAAUUUUGGCUUUUAAA